AUGAGGACAGCCAGGAAGGGCAGCGUGGAGAUGCCUGCCUUCGUGCGGCAGCUGGUGAAAGAAACUGAGAAGAGGGUCAGCUCUUUCUUCAAGGGGGGCCGUGGAGGAGGAGCGGAGGGGGAGCAGCCGGGGAAGGGGGAGAAGGACGAGGUCAUCCCCAGCCCCUACCUGGACCGGCCGGUCCUGGACAAGCUAACAGAGGAGGGCUGCGCUCGCUGGGGCCUCACCUACGCUUUGGGAAGCAUGCAGGGCUGGAGGGCCAACAUGGAGGACUUCCACAACUGUGUGCCACAGCUGGGGGGGGAGCUGGCCGACUGGAGCUUCUUCGCCGUGUUCGACGGUCACGCAGGCAGCACGGUGGCUCAGUACUGCUCCCAGCACCUCCUGGGUCACAUCCUGGCCACAGGUGGGAUGGGACCAGAGGAUGACCCAGAAAAAGUGAAAGGAGCCAUCAUAGAGGGCUUCCUCCAGACAGACAAACACCUGCACUCCGUGGCCCGUCGAGAAGGCUGGGAGAGGGGCGGCACCACCGUGGUGGCCACCCUCAUCUCGCCGUAUUACAUCUACUUCGCCAACUGUGGUGACUCCAGGGCCAUGCUGUGCCGGUCUGGGCAGGUUUGUUUCUCCACUGAGGACCACAAACCCUACAGCCCUCUGGAGAAGGAGCGCAUUGAGAGCGCAGGCGGCUCCGUGUCCCUCCAACGGAUCAACGGCUCCCUGGCGGUGUCCCGGGCCCUGGGGGACUUCAGCUACAAGGGGGCAGAGAACCGGACGCCCUGCCAGCAGAUGGUGUCACCAGAGCCGGAGGUGUGCGUGGUGGAGCGCUCGCCAGCGGACGAGUUCCUGGUGCUGGCCUGCGACGGUGUUUGGGACACCAUCAGCAACGAGGAGCUGUGCGCCUUCAUCCACAACCGGCUGCGUGUCUGCACCGACCUGAGGGACGUCUGCUCACAAGUCAUUGACCUCUGUCUGUAUAAGGGCAGCUUAGACAACAUCAGCAUCAUCUUGCUGUGCUUCCCUGGAGCCCCCCAGCUGUCAGCAGAGGCACUGCACCAGGAGGCCGAGCUGGAGGACCUGCUGGAGUCCAAAGUAGCAGAGAUUUACAACGAGCUGUGUGCCCGAGGGGAGGAACCUGACCUGCUGUCCGUCCUCACAGUCCUGGCGUCCACCGUCAUCCCGGGGUUACCACCAGGUGGAGGCAUACAGAGCAAGAGAAACUGCAUCAUUUCUGCUUACUACCAACAACGAGAGACACACAAGCCCACGGUACCAAAUGGCCUGGGAGGCUCUUGAGAAGCUGGAUUUUGUCUCCAAGAAACCACUGAAGGACUGUAAUUAAUGUGAAUAUUAACACUGUUUUCUUCAUGUGUGCAAUUUGACAAAAAAAAAAAAAUGGAGGGGGAGACGUGGAACAGACAGUGGUGUUUGUUUACAUCAUGCUAGCGAGCAGCAUCUUGUCAUAACAAAUACAAUGCAAAAAUAGAUCUAAUAAAGCCUGAUACUUUAUAUUUAUACAAGAAGGAUAUUUUGUUAAACUUACUCAGAGACACCGACCCAGCAACAAACCUCUGCCUCUUAUUCAGUGAACACAAAGUACAGACGAUAAAUUCAAAUGACAGCCUGUAAAAAAAACAACAACAACAAAAAAAACAACUGAACAAACUGUGAAAUUGUACAUUUUCACUGGAUGAAACAAGGUAGUACAUGUAGAGUCGUAUUUUAAAGUUGAUGUUUUCAGAGUAGAUAUAAUAAAAGAAGAAUUUAUGUUUGCCUUUCAUCUCCAGGGAGGAAAGACGUGUCGAUGCCAGUCGAAAGCUAGCAUUCAGCUAAUAUAUGCAUUUGUUUCAACAGGAAAUUCUAACAGUGCUUCGAACAGUUUGGCAGCUUAAGGAAAUGCACAAAUUUGUUUUCCCUCAGUGCUGGAAGUGACAGGCAAAAAAUAAAACAGAGGUUAAAUAUUUAAUUCUACACAGAUUAAGAAAAAAUACAUUUCACAAUCUAAUAUAAUUCUUUUUGAAGAGAAUCUUUUUUUUUUUAAAACAUGUAGAAUCACUUAGCUGGACUAAUGUUUGAUUGUGACAAUAAAUUGAUCUAAGUAUCCACAAAUUGGCCUAAAGUUAAUAUUUCCUAAUUAGAUUUUAGACAAAUAAGUUCUACACAUUUCUUAAUUCUUUCUACACAUAUUUCUAAACCCGUUCAUAGAUAAAGUGCAUGUGAAAUGUAUUUUUUCUGUCAAUUGGAUAUGUACUGUGCUGCCUUAUUCAUGUUUUAUAUAGAUGACAAAACAAACAGCAUCUGAACGGGUCCGUUUCUGGAUGAGUUAUUUUAUCUGCAUCGUGCUGCGUUGUUAUUAUACUGAGUCAUUUUCUGUGUAUAGACAUUAUAUGAUAAGAUUGUUUUAAACCUAAAUAAAGAACAUUUGACUGAC